AUGCGGCUGCUCUGGGCGUCCCUGCUGUGCUGGGCACUGCCGCCCCCCGCCCAGGGCAGGGCCCACAGCCCGCUCUACCUGCGGGUCAGCAAGGAUCAGCUGCAGACAGACAUUUCAGACCUGUUUGCAGAGCAGCAGAUCCUGAGCCGMGUAGUCAGGGUGCCUGUGACGGGGACCCCGGGGGAAGGCGCGACUGUCCUGGACCACCUGCCCUUUGUCAGCAAAAGCCUGUCCAAGAAGAGCAGYGGGCUGGACCUGUCACUGGUCGGGGACCUGCUCUCGGGGAAGAGCCUCCCUCUGCUGUCGGACCUGCUCCAGGCCGGCGGGUUGGUCAUAGAAGAUGCCAAAGGACCCGAGGUCACCCUGCAAAUCCUAAGCGACAGCCUGCUGCAGGUCACGCUGCGCUGCAAACUGUACCUCUCGCUCCAGGAGAUCCUGCGGCUCAAAGUCAUCAAGAACAUUCGCAUGGGGGUGCGGCUGGAGCAGACGGGGACCAGGACCACGGUGGCCUUGGAGGAGUGCCACACCCCUCCCGGGAGCCUGAGCGUGGAGAUCCUGGGGCAGACGGACGCCCUCCUGGUGGACAAACCUCUGGAGUUGGUGGCCGGCGUCCUGGACCACUCCCUGCCCUUCCUGCUGCAGAAGAUGGUGUGCCCCCUGGCCACGGCCCUGCUCAGCUCCCUGCUGGAAGACCUGCUGACCAUCGUCCUCCCCCCGGCCAUCUCAGGCCCAGAGGACGUCCAAUACUACGUCACCACCACGGAGUUCAGGGAGGAGGCCAUCCUGAUGAGAGUCCAGCUUGUGACCCCCUGUGGCCCAGCCCAGAGGGCCCCAAGGCCUGACCACCUGGCCCCGCGACCCCUCCCACCAUUAGCCCCAGGCAGCAUGGGGGACCUGGUCUUUCAGAAGGAGCUCUACAACGACAUCCUGUCCUGCCUCCACGCCAGCAGGGAAGUCCGCGUGGCCCCCCAGGACCCCGCAGCUGCUGACCUGGUCCAGCUGCUGUCCCCGGGAGAGCUGGAGCCCGGGCCCAUGGCUUCUGAUGGGUCCAGAGGGAGCGUGGGACUGACCAUCAACACUCCGGAUCCUCCCACUGUCUACCUGAUCGGCCACACAGCUAGGGUCACCCAGCCGGGCUCCCUGGUACUGCUGGGGCCCAACAACACCUCCAGCUCCAUUUCCUGGAAACUCCUGUCAACAGCUGCAUUUUCCUCCACAAACCAGAAAUUAAAACUCCAGUUCUCUCCAAACAGUGCCGUGGUCACCCUGGGCCCUUACCCGGCUGUUCUCAAGAAGCAGGAGGAGCUGCGGGCUUCUCUCUCUCGGUUCCUGAAGAGGAGGUUCCUGCCCCAUCACAACGCGCAGCUCAGAGGACACAGCCUCCCGCUGCCCAAUGUCAAGGGCCUCUCCUUCAACCAGGCCCACAUGGACCUCUCCGAGGACUACCUGCUGUUGACCAUUCCAGAGUAG